GUCAUGGCCAGCUCGCAACUUGAAAGCGUCAGCAGCUUUUACAUUCUUACGACUACGAUUUUGAGGCCAGACAUUCGGACCAGAUAUUUUCUAAAACCUCUCAAUGCCACUACAAGAGGUUGCAGGUUUUAAACGCUUCAACGCAAUUCAACUUUGACAGGUUUGUCAAAUGGUGAUGCCAAAGGACAGUGGGCGACAUUCGACAUAGCUCAGUUUAUCACACAAAUUUCAAGGUUUUGACUCAACCACUUAUUUGUCAGUUGACUUCGACGAAUAUGACGGGCGUUCUCGAGGUAGUUGCAAGACUGGAUGCAUCAGAUCUCUUCGCCAACCGAAUGGCAGCAGAUAGCACAUACGAACUCCGGUUUACCAUGUCUUCGAAUUCACGGUCGUAUUCUUCUUCUCCUCAUGAUCAGGAUUAUUGCAGCAAUGACCUGUCCCUCCCGCCAAUUUCCCAACUACUAAAUGAUAUUACUACGUCUCACGAUUCGGACAUACAGCGAAUACCCCACGAUCAGCAAUCGCCUCAAGCCUCGCCUUCAUCCUCUGGUCCGUUUCGAGGCAACAGCUCUAUAUCUUCCUCGCGUAUACAUCCGCAUGCUGGCGCUGAAGUGAUUCCGUGGGCCUCUGAAUCCAUCUCGACGCAUGCCAUCCAUGGAUAUGAAUUGCCAAGAAAUUCAUCAGAUUAUAAUGCAUACAUGAACUCAUCGCGCGCAGCUACCCAUUUGUCAAUCUCGCGUCAUCCUUAUUGGGAUGCCACCCAACUGCGAUCCGCUACAGGCUACAACCCAGAUAGAUUGACAUCUUCUACCCAGUCACGGCAUCAAAGUAACCAAUCCUCUCCUGGGUCCCUGCUUCCCCCUCAUGCAUACGUAGUGGGCCAGCAAACUCCACUCAAUCCUAUGACACCAUCUAUUGCGUCUACUAGCAAUCAUCUUACCGGCACAAAGAGCAAUAAUACGCAACAACUCCACUGGCAAGAACCCAUUGACGAAACUUCAUCUCUAAGAGGGAAGGAGCUUAGCCACAUUUGUGAAUAUUGCGGGAAGGCUUUUUUACGUCCCAGUGCAUUAAAGACUCAUAUCAUAUCCCACACUGGAGACCAAGAUUUUGCGUGUCCCGAAGAGGGAUGCUCCAGGAGAUUCGGAGUUCGUAGUAAUAUGCUCCGCCACGUGCGAUUGGUUCACAGGAACCUAAGGUAUAGUUCUGGGGAACAGCUGUCUCAAGAUGAAUGGGAGACUGGUCUGGAACCUACACGAUAACAGUACUCGAGGUCGACAGAGUUGGCAGAGGAUUGCGGAUUGCGGGAUUAAGUUCUGUCUAUUACAUAGCCUUUGUAUCAUCUCUACACAGUUUAAUUCAGUGGGCCUGGGGACAGCAGGGGAUAGUGACCAUGUUGUAUCACGCAACUUGAAGCCCCGGAAACGGCGUUUCUAUCUAAGG